AUGUCAUCGUUUGGCCGAGUUUUGUGCAUCAUCACCGGGGCCUCCAAAGGUUUUGGCCGGGCUAUUGCAACGGACAUGGCCCGGCAUGUGAAGCCCAAGUCGAUGUUCAUCCUGGUAGCCCGAUCCGAAGACGAGCUUCGGAAUCUUCAGUCAGACCUGGCCAGGUCGGGCAUGGAGGCCCGCUCCGUGGUGUUGGAUCUAUCCCGGAAGGGAUCACCUGAGAUGGUCGUGCGGAUCGCGAAAGACGCCUGUCCGCCGGAUAUAGAACAUGUUAUUCUCUUUAAUAACGCUGGAACGCUAGGGGACGUGUCCCGUUUAACCAGAACCUUCACCAGCAUGGCCGAGGUGGACUCUUACCUCUCUUUCAACGUCAGCUCCGCUUUCUGCCUUACUGCCGGCGUGCUGCAGGCCUUUCCGAGGUCGUCGGGCGUGCGCCGCUGCGUGGUCAACGUCUCCUCGCUUUGUGCCCUGAAGCCAUUCCCUACAUGGGGGCUGUACUGUACUGGCAAGGCGGCUCGUGAUAUGAUGUUUAAGGUUCUGGCAGAAGAAGAGCCAGAUGUCCGUGUGCUCAACUAUGCUCCAGGUCCUUUGAACACGGACAUGCAGGAAACAAUCAGGACCAAAACGGGGGAUCCGCAAUUAAGGCAGCAGUUUCUUGACAUGUUUGAGGAAGGCGAGCUACUCUCAGUUGAGAGAUCCUGUGCGAAACUGAUGAAGCUGCUGAAGGAAGACAAAUACAAAUCAGGAGAGCACAUUGACUACUAUGAUGUGUAG